CCAAAAAUAUAUAGCAUGAUGUCACGUACAGUACGAUAUUUCAAAUUAAUUUACAUGGCUGCUGGCAUACUGAUGAGCAAUGCCGAUAUUUGUGAAACGGUCGAUUCCAUACAAAUUGCACCACGUGUCGAAAUGAAAGAUAAACAACAACAACAAAUUGUAAAAAAGACACAUCGUUACGCCAUCGAAGAUGCGGGCGAUGGAUGGUUACCCAGGUUGAGUUUAACGGAAAUGGUCGAUCGUAUUAAGAGCCGUAUACGUCCUCAUCUGCCAGGCUUCAGUUUGUGGACAUUGCCGAAUAUAGUCAUCGACUAUUCAACAAAUCUUAUUUGUCGUAAAUUUAUAAUCAACAGUGACUGUGAUCUUAUUUAUAAAUGA